AUGCCUCCUCAGGUUGAUCUGGAAACGUUAGUCUCGGCCUGCGCCGGCGGCGGAACGGAUCGGAAAAUCGCAUGCGAAACAUUGGUGGAAGAUAACGCGGCAGACAAGGAAGACAGUUCCGACGACGACGAUGCCGGAAGGGAAGCGCCGCCGGAUUUUCCGCCGGAGUCUUUCUGGCUGUCCAAAGACGCCGAGCUGGAUUGGUUCGACCGGAACGCUUUUCUGGAGCGGAAGGAGUCGGCGAAGGGAAUAAACUCGAACUCGAACCCGACGACGGCCCACCCGAAUUUGAACCCGGGUUCGAAUUCGAGCUCGCAGCGGUUUUUGAAGUCCAAAGCUUCGCUGCUCUUCGGGCUGCCGAAGACGCAGAAGAUGAACUACGUCUGGAAAACCUGUAGCAAACCGGCCAAUAUCCGGCUUUUCCCGGCGAAGCGGACCGAGUCGAUCGGAAAAGUCGUGGCCGAACCGUCGUCUCCGAAGGUUUCGUGUAUGGGAAGAGUCAGAUCGAAGCGCGGAUGCCGGAAAUCUUUGUCGACUGGAGAAAAACCGACUGAGGAUCACGCGGAAACCGGCGGAGAUAAGCGGAGGACCGGGUUUUACUCGAGAUUACUCUCCAUGUUCCGGACGAACCGGAGUCACAAACCGGCUAAGAAAAUCGAGGCCGGGCCAAAACGCGAGGAGCCGGAGCCAGAACCGGGUCGAAAGAGCGUCAAGGCGGCAAAAAUGCGCGACGUUCCGAUAAGUGCUGAACCGGUGCCGGAGCCGCCGGGGCUAGGGGGAAUGAGGCGGUUAUCGUCGGCUCGGAAGUCGGAAUGCUGGGCGGCGGAGGAAAUCAAAGCCGCGAUUUCGGAGGCUUUUGAAACGGAACGGCGGCGCGGCGGCCACAAUGGGUGA